AUGAAGCCAUAUCCCUUCUUCAUAUUACCGACACUUACCGUAUAUCAACUCCUGGCUUAUGCUACGAUACCACAGCCCAAAGUCCCCGGGUCAUUCAACAUAACCGCCCUGACAGGAGAAAACGGCCAUUCAACGCUAGAAUGUUGGCAGCUCGAGCGCAAGUUCGACGUCUCAGACGAACCAGGCACGAAGGGCGCCGCGGUUCUCCCCUUUGAUGGCCUCACGGGGGAAGCAAAGUACUCUGUCCUUCCACCGAAUUUCGAUGGCGGCUUGCAUAACGCGCCCAUCGCACAAUGGGUUGUAUUUGUCUCUGGUGUGGCGCAUAUCACUCUUCCUAACAGGACGGAAGAAGCCUGGAUACGGGGUGGUGUUAAUGGAGCCAUCAUUGCUGCGGAUACGGUGGAUGUUAGUGAAAGGGGCCACUUCACUGUGUACCCAAGUAACAUGCAGACUGUAGCGUGGCAGAUUCCGUUUAAGGAUGGAGUUAUUCCUAAACAUCGGGUGUUGCAUCGUGGAGCGUGUAAGCCGGAUGAAGGCUGGAGCUGA